GUCGUUGGCGGCAAUAUCUUUCCGUAAUCUGUAAGAAAUAAUGAUUCGUUUUGUGUGUAUUUAUAAAGUGUAAAUUUUACGUCAUGUUAUUUUCAUAUUAUCUUUAUUCACAACAUAGCUAGUGAUCACUUAUCGAAAUACCUAAAUAAACUUAAUUUAUAUAUUGAAAAUGGGUUCAUAUCCGCCUAGAUACUUUUCGUGGAUAGAGGACGGAAAACUCGCUGCUUUCGGAUGGCCUUCUACACCUGCCAAUCUACGAUAUCUGAUAGAUAACGGUAUCGUCCAUUUAGUGACUUUGUCGCCGGAAAAACGACCGUUCAUUCACGCUUUUCCAGAGUUGGAAUGGACUGAAAUAAAAAUACGAGAAUUUGAUCCUCCAACUAUAACUCAGAUAGAGAAAUUUAUGAAAGUAUGUGAUAAAGCUUUUCAGAAAACAGAGGCUGUUGGAGUACAUUGUAGAAUGGGCAGAGGCCGGACAGGAACAAUGUUAGCUUGUUAUUUUGUUAAGUUUCAUAGCAUGUCUCCCAGAGAUGCUGUCGACACAGUGAGAAAACUUCGACCUGGUUCUGUAGAGACUUACUCUCAGGAAGUGACUGUCAUGGAUUAUCAUAUAUACCUAUGUAAAAAUUAUAAUUAAGAGAAUAACUGUGGUAUUCUAAAUUUAGCAUGUAUAAUGUGUAUUUAAUAACAAGUAUUUCUGAAAGGAGAAACAAUGGCAUAAUCCUUUA